AUGAGCGGUCGUACGAAGAUUCUCCUCGAGCCUCUCUGGGGUGACGAAUUCCUUGCUAACCCCCGCGAUUGGCCAAACAAAUCUCCCGCAUUUGCACAACCUCUGAAAGAAACCCACAUUCCUUCAAAUUGGAAUCUUAUUCAUACCGGCAAUAUUGAUUCUCAAAUCAAGGUGAACAUUUACUUGGACGGACGUAUCACGAGAGUCAUCUACUUUUUUUAA